CUUAGCGUUGUGUUAAAAAAUGUAGUUCGUGAUCAAUGAAUUCGUAAACAUGACUUCACUGUUAAAAUUCGUUGCAUACCAUUCCCGUUUGAUCAUUGGAAUAUUAGCACUCUCCACCAUGUGUAAUUGCGAUAAAGAUUUUAAUUUAACAUUUUACAAUGAAAGCAAAACCUGGUCUGAAGCCAAAGACUUUUGUUUCAUGAAUGGUGGGAUCCUAGAGACAGACCAAAUUAUCAUAAGAAAUUAUACAAAAGAACAUGUCAAAAUAUGGCUUGGUGCUUACAGUAUGAUUACUCCAUGGGCAGGUGUGUUUGGCUGCUAUUUUUGGAAUGUGGAUGAUAGAAAUGACUCAAUAGAAUUUGAUUUGCAGAAUAAAGAAGAAUGUCAGAUUCGUUGUCCACAAUCACAUUAUGAGUUUUUUGUCUUCAAGGAGAAAACCUGCUACUGUUUUAAUAGUGAUAAACUCCCAAAGGAUGACAUAUCUCAAAAGAAAUGGUCAAACUCCGAAACUGACUACGUUUUCAUUUACAGGCAAAAUAUAGAACCAGAUAGAGAUGCAUCUGAUACUAAUAACUGUAUGACAGUGGAGUGUAAGGAUCGCGAUCGCAUUCUUACUCCUGAAAACUGUAAUUCCACGUAUAAGGCGCUAUGUGAAAACUUGAAAAGGAGAUCCACUACUAGUAUAAAUUUUUACAACGCAACUAAAUUCUGUGAGAAUGAAGACAGUUUCGUGAGAUGGGAUCCAUCGAUAUCAUGUAAUAAUUCUGAAGAAAAAUUUGACCAGAAACACUGGACCAGUAUUACGCGUUCUCAACAAAUGUUCCGUUUAACAGCUUACGAUGGAAAUAAAAAAUUGAAGCCGCUACAGUGUAAAGGAAGUGAAACGUCUGAAGGCCUGGAUAUGUUUGUUGAACCAUCGUUCGUUGACUGUGCUGAGUUAAGGUCAUUUUAUUGUAGAUUUGGGUCACCUAAUGUAUCACCCGGAAACAAUGUUACCAUGGAUUUGCCUGACACCGAUUCGAUUACAAGUUACAUGAUAACAGGCGUUAUAAUUGGUAUUAUACCAUCAAUUAUUGCUGUUGGAGUAGUAAUUUGUGUUGUUAUAGUCGUUCGUCGACGAAGAUCGGCUAAAAGAAAAUCGGAUCUUAAAAAAGAUGCGCAUAAACCUAAUGCUACAGAAGAGAUUGGGCAUGUGAAUAACCAAAAUCGGUAUUCCUAUAGUGAAAUUAAAAUGGAGGAUAUCAAUCAAAACGAUAAUAUGGAUAGUGGCGAUGAAUAUACAACAGGACCAUCAGGAGUCUAUGAUCAUUUGAAUGAAAAUAAGGACAGAAAAAUAAAAACGGAGAACCCACAUGCUAUAUAUGAUCACUCUAUUGGAGACAACACUGAACCAGAUUAUGACAGCACCAAACAUAUUGUACCAGCAAAUCCGGAUUACCAAGAAAUACGACUUCGCAGUGAAGGGGAAAACCACACAGAGAAGCUUUAGCUGUUCGUUCAAACUUUAGUGACUGAACGUGGACUUAAAACUCCCGUUCUUGCUUAUAUAGGUUUAGUUGCUGUCCCAUGAAUCACAUUCUAUUUGAAUGUCUGUAGCACAUAUUUUUUUUUAAACUGAUUUAAUAUUGAAAUAAUGCAUACUGUUAUGUGAAAUUCUGUUGUAUCCUACAUUAUUUUAUUCAGUGAAUAAAAGCUGACUCGGGUGAAGAGUUGUAAGACAUUGUGAUAUCAGUUUUGUACCUAUGCAACACAUAAACCCCCAAACAGUCUGGGCGAACUCGGGUGUUCCAGAAUCGUAAGCAGUUUCUGCUCCACAAACGGUAUCUGCCAUGUUGCUCAUUGAAGAUACACAUGCAAACAUUUUGGAUGGUUUGUUGUUUCAAUAUGUGGGAAAUGUUUGUAGAACCAUACCUAAAGGUUUAGGUCUAAAGCGAAAGAGGCAUGUCAAGGUUCCAAAAGUGUAAGAAAAUGUAUUGCAAUAUAUGUAUAUCACUUCAUUGAAAAGCAAAUAAAAAAUAGAAAACUGUCUAAAAUCUUUAAAUGGCUUGAGCAAGUUAACGCAAUACGUUUUUUGACUUAAUUGUAGUUACGUUUUGUUUCAAAGAAUGAAACCUCUAUUAAUUCUAUAAAACAUACAAACACUAUUCUGUUAGCAUUUUUUUUUGUCUUUAUCUUUAUCUUUUAAAUUACUGUUAGCAUUUUUAUUAUUUAUAAUUUAUUAUUAUCAUUAUUCUUAUUAUUUUUUAUUAUCAUUUGUAGUACUGUUUUAUUGUUGAUCAAUGUAAAAAGUUCAUAUCAAUAAUAUGCAUAUCACA